AUGGAUCCUCAGCCUGAAAUCUUCAAUUUAGAAGAUUUUACUUCAUCAAGUCCAGAGACUGAUCCCAAUGUCGAGGGCAUUCCUGUACAACUCACAAAUUCAAAAAGCCAUUCUCUCCAGACAUCAAAAAUUGAAUAUAUUGAUGACUUACCAGAGUAUCCGACAAGUCAUAUUCAUGGAUAUUCAUAUGUUGUUGCAUCUAGAGGGCGAUCACAGAAUGAAAUGGAGCAGCUUGUUCAUGAGAUUCAAUACUCACGGCGUCAACAACAUGGACCAAGGAGACCAGUCAAAUGCCCAUUUUUCAACUGUUUAGUUAAAAGAUGGACUUGGAAAUGCUCUGGUAUCUACGCAUGUGAAUUUUUGAAUCCAUUUCUUCAAUCCUAUCAUCAUACAUUUGUUGAUGAGGAUUGUUGGGAUGUGAUUCGAAAUACUCAGAGGAAUAUCCAAAUCCUGGAGGCAAAUAUUGGAAAACGAAAUGCAUACAGCUAUUAUCGGUCAAAAAAUGAAUUUUUCAAUAAGGGUUAUGCAUGCAUUGACCAGCUUCCAACUUGCAAGCCAGUUUUUAAGCGGCAUACCCAAAUGAAUGUCCAUGGUGAAUUUCCACCAUAUAUUGGCUGUAGUAAUGGAUCCAAUGAGUUUUUAACAAAACAUCAUCGAGGAUCUAUUCAAGGCCAUACAUCAAUUGAUCUACAGUUCCUUGAGGACCUUUUUAAUCAUGAUAUUAUGCCACCAACUGAAGAAUGUGGUGUUUUUGAAUCAUUAGCAUCCCGACGAAAGUAUUGCGAUCGAGAUCACCUUCAGGGGCCAGGCAGACUACAGCAUACUUCCUGUGGUGUUAUUUUUACUGCUUUAGUGCCAGUUGAUAUCAAUGAAUGUCCAUAUAUCCUCUUUACAUCCCAUGGAAUUCACCAGCAUCCACCUCCACCACCAAGCAAGGCACCAGAACGAAUUUUACAAGGGGUUAAAAGGAUUAUCCAACAAAUACAAGACCCGAGUUUGACCACAGCACAAUUUCUUCGAAGUCCACAACUAGAGGCAUUUUGUCAGCAGUAUGGUGCUUCUACAUUAGCAGAGAUCCACUCUAGCUUCUGUAAUAAAGACCGAAUUGCAACAAUUAUCCAGAAACAACGACUUCUUUCAUACCCUAAUGGACAGGAUAUUAAUGGGUUGCUAUUCCUACAGAACCGGGAUUCGCUAAUCAAUGAAUACAUUCAAGAGAAAUAUCAUGAUUCUCAAGGUACAAUGGUAUUUUGUGCCUUCAAGGAUCAGAUUGACUUAUUAUCAACUUUAUCUUCAUUUGAAAUUGAUAUGUCUUUCAAGCGAAUUCGAUCCAAAGAGAUGAAUGAGGUUCUUUUUGCAACAUUCAUGCCAGAUCAAUGCAAAAUCAUAACUUUACUUCGAGUCUUUACCAGUGAGGAUUCUACUGAAGGUUACUAUUUACUUUUCAAGCGAGCAUUCCAUCUUAUUGAGAAGGUUUCUGGACGACCAGUUCUAUUUGAUCCAAUUCAUGGAUCUGGGAUUCAUGGUAUUAUUGUUGAUAUGGACACAAAACAGUACACAGGGCUUGGGCAAUAUCUUUCUGAAAUUGAUCCUCAACACCAAGAUCCUACAUGGCAGUUACAGCAUAUUAUCAUAUUCUGUCGUGUUCAUUUUCAACGCUCAAUUUUAAAGGCAAUUGGGACUAAAAAUAAAGGAUCAGGCCUUUGGAGUCGCAUGAUGAGUCUCCUAGAUUGCCAGUCAGAGGCUGAGUAUGAUGAGUUGAUUAAACUACUGAUACAAUAUGAAUCGCCAGCAGUCCAGACCUGGGCCAUACAAAAAAAGAGUGCAGUUAUUAAGGCAGGUCUAAAUGAAUCAUGCUCAAAAAUUCAGCCACAUUAUUUUAAUAUUCUACGAAACCAUACAAAUGCUGUUGAGCAAUCACACCAAAAAUCAUAUGCUUCAGGGAAAUAUUUGACUUUGGCUGAAGCAGCUCGGAAUUCUGCAAAACUUGACAAAGAUGAUAUUCUUCAAUAUCAUAAUUUUCAGCAGUUCAAUAUUCAUCAUUCAUAUCGAGCUUCUACAAUGGAGGCAAACUAUCUGCGACACAUGAGUCGGGAAAGAAGAGGCCAUAAACGUCAGCGAUUAUCUUCAACAGCUGAAUCAGAGAGGCAAGCAAGCAGUCAAAAUUUUGAAAUCUCACAUGAAAAUUCAAGAGGUUCUUCUUCUCAGGUUGCUGAUAAUGAAUCUACAACCUCAUCACGGAAUCUUCGCCGAGUGGCUUCAACAAACAUACUGACAAUUGAACAACGCCGUCAAGAAUUAGAAUUACGAGACCUGGAGGCAGAAGUCAAAAGGAAAGAAGAAGAAGUUCGCUUGAAACAGCUUCAAAAUGAGCAAUUAGAGCUGGAACUUAUUGUAAUGGGCCGAAGCCUUGCUAUCUAA